GAACUAUCAUCUUGCAAAAGUCAAAGUUGGACGCGUGAACCUCUUUAUUCAUGUUUAUUUGUAAACAAACUUUGGUGUGAAACUGCUGUACCUAUCAUUUGGAGUAAUUCAUGGAAAUUCAUUAAAGAUUAUGGGAGGCUAUUUGACCUUAUUAUUUCAUUUCUAUCAAGAGAAACACGGAUUUUUUUCAAUAAUCAAGGAAUCGAUUUAUUUCCAACGCAGCAUGAACACCAUUUAUUCGAUUACUUAAGUUACUGCAGAUAUAUGAACUUUUAUUGCAUUGAAAAAUCCAUCAGAGUUGGACUUGAUUCUUCCAGAUUCAAGAAAAUAGAAGAAAGUCGACUUCGUUGUAUAGAACUAGAAAUUUAUAUAAUGAUUGUUAGUAAAUGUUCCGCUGUUAAAUCUUUAGAUGUGAUGAAUUUAGGACCACAAGUAAAACAUCAUAUCAUCGGAGCAACAACUUUUCUUGGAGGACUUAGGUCUCUAUAUUGUAAUUUAAUUAAUGAUCCGACAUUUUUUGAUUUAUUGGCAAAUAACUGCAGGACAUUAGAAAUGAUACACAUCGUGUGUCCUUCGUAUUGCAAGCUUCGUAAUUUGGGUUUAGCUAGAUUAAUCGAGGAUCAAAAUGGCUUAAAAUGGUUCGUGUUUGUCCAACAUCAAGCUGAAGCUUUUCGACAAGAAAUUGGAGAUGCUUUGAUUAAACAAGCCAAUUCCCUAAUUCAUUUUGAAUUAUCAUAUCUCAGGAAAAUUUCCUUACCUUCAAAUAUCCUUUCCUCCUUUAAUAAUUUACAAAUUUUAAAAAUAUUUGGUAGUAGUAACGUUAAAAUGAAUCAUCAGCUUGAAAGUCAUUUAAAAUUAUCAUCAUUUUCUAAACUUAGAAUUCUUAUGUUGGAUACAAUUUCUUACGAAGUUGCGAUAAAUUUAAUUAAAAGACCGAAGGAAAUCUCUCGAAGAUCUUACUUUAUAAUACUUUUAAUGAUGAACUUGCUGGAGA